AUGCAAAUAACUGGCUUAUAUAAAGGAAGGGCAAUUAUUAUAAAAGACUCUUACAGUGUUAUAAAUAAGAAACUUAAACUAUUUCCUGCUAUGUUUAACUUACAAACAGGACCGAAAGAAGUAUUUCCAUACAACUACUACAGCAGUGUUUUGUUAGCAAAUGACAACAGAACUGGUGUCAUUUCUGAAGCAUGUAAGUUUAUCCGGGAUGCAGAUACAUUCAUGAAAAACAUAGAUUCCAUCAAAGGUUGCAGAAUAGAUGAAAACCAUUUCGACUUAGAAAAGUAUAGCACAUUCUAUUGCAAACAAGAUGUAAGAAUUUUAAGAGAAGGUUUUGUUAAGUUCCGCAAUGACAUAUUAAAAGAAUUUGAUUUAAACGUUUAUGACUACGUUAGUAUUUGUUCAAUUGCUAACAAAUUAUUUGAGAACAGAGUGUACUUCCGAAUGGAAAUUUUAUAUGACCUCUCAAAUAAACCAAGAGAAUUUAUUUCGAGAUGCAUUCAAGGUGGAAGAUGUAUGCUGUCAGAUAACAUGAAACAAAAGAGCGAAAAGAAACUCAUUGCUGACUUCGACGCUGUUUCAUUAUAUCCAUCAGCAUAUUGCAAGAUUGUAUACUUUAGAAGGAAUUCCAAA